AUGUCCGAUUUGCAUGCUUGGCAGGCCGAUUUGUUCCUGUUGGAAAAAUGGCAAGAUGACUCGUCGCUAUCGACUGAUAGCCAACGAGAACACAUUUUCUCUGAAUUUGUAGCACUCGGAAUCCGUGGUCGUAAGGUGGCGGAAGAAAGCGGCUAUGACCCGGCGGAGGACGAAAACCCAUGGACCUCGUUUUAUUCAGACUACCACAUGCAGCUAGUCAUGAACCGCAUCCAUAUCGUUGAUAAAACAACGCUUGCUUCCAAGGGCCGCGACGCGGGGAAGGUUCCUGUGGUGUUUGUUGACGAGUGCGGACGGCCAAUCCGCUACUCUCGCCUAGAGCUAGAGGAAGCAGCGGAUAUUGUAAAUCUCGAAAAUUUCAUGCUUAUAGAACAUGGGUCUUGGGCCAAUGCGCAGGUUGGCGAAUCCUAUGAAUGGGGGGCGCCCUUGGGACCCCCCUAUGGCGAGAAUGGUGGGGAUACUUCCGAGUAG